AUGUCAGCUGUGAACCUAUUGUCUUCUUUGAGGGAGAAACCGACCGAUGAAAACCCGAAUGAUGGCUCGAACCCUGAAGGUGAUGACAACGGCGUGUCGAGCGGUGGCGGAGGCGGAGACCCAGCAGUAUUGGCCGUGGGACCUGCGCGCAAACCGCUCACGUAUACGCGGGAUGAGCUGAUGCGUCUGCGCAAUUCACCGCUGGUCAAACGGAAUCUUGAAAACGCGUUUGCUGGCUGUGAGGCGCUUGCGCUGGUUCUUAAAAGACGUUCUGAUUCGCCCAACGAAGACGAUCGAGGUGCGAGAGGAGAUGCAUCGUCUGAAAACCACAAGGGUGUAUACGGUCGCGACCGCGAUCGCGAGCGUCGCUCCGCCGAUCCCCGCGAGCGUGUGCGCAAGGAGAGCGAGCCGAGCGGUGGCGGCAUCGUGCUGUCGCCGCAGCGCAGGUCUUUCACGUCCGGCUGUGGGGCGCCUGCGGCCGCGCCGCAGCCCGCCCCGCCGCCGCACCUCGCCCGCACUCGCCCUGAGUCGCCGCUGGCGCCGCCCGCUCCGCAGCCUGCGCCGGUACACCCUGCCCACCCGCCUAAGGCUGAACAAGGAGGUCGUCGUAUCGGGUCGGGCCGUAUCAUGGUGCGCGACACUCCGAAUAACACGUGGGAGGAAGGCGAGUAUCGAGGCUCGGAACCCUACCGACCACCCCGUGAGCGGGAGCGUGAACAUGCGAACGAACGACGAACUAACAACAACGACAGGUUCGACCGGCGCUCAUUCGGCCGAGACUCCUACUCCUCUGACAUCAAGAGGGAGCGGGAUGACCGAUUCAUCCACGAGAAGAUGCGAGAUAGAGAGGACAACCGUAGAUCUGGUGGUCGCUUCUCUCAACGACGCCUUGAGAAGGAAGAUGAACCCGAAUGGUUUAGUGGAGGGCCGACAUCUCAGUUGGAGACUAUCGAGCUGCGCGGUUUUGACGAGCCCACCAAGAAGAAUGGCAAUGCGAACAAUAAAGAGACUGAAAAAUGGAACAAUGGCGGAUCGCGGUCGCCGGCGGGUGAAAGAUGGCGCGAAACGUCCUCGCCCGUCACACAGAACAACAACGACUCCAAUUCUAGCAAUGAUAAAGAUUCCGGCGUGGAGUCGAAGGGCGAGGAGGUGACGCAAAACAACGAACAGCCUGAAUUCAAUUUGGACGAGUUCCUCAAGUUUGAUUCGAUACCCGACGUUCUUACUAACGGUGGGGGUGAGUCAGAAGGUGGAAGCAGGUUCAGCCGCUGGUUCCGGAGAGAGAGUCCUACCAACGACGCUAAACAUUACGAACGACUGCUGCACAAUAUGGUUGAUGACUUAGAUAACAGUCGUUCGGAACCUAGUCCAGGCGCGGGAGUGGGCGUAGGUGUAGGCGUGGGCGGAGGCGAGUCUCACGUGUUUGCGCCGAUAUCGCCGGCAGCGCGGCCCUCGUUCACUCCGCACCCUUCCUCGCUGUUUGACUUGUUAUUGAGAGCUAAUGCUAAUAGUCACGAUAAUAGACCAGAAGUGAACCACGUGGGUGGUGGAAAGGUCCACAGUCUGGAGGAGCUGGAAGCGCGGCUCCGGCCUCAACACUCGCACGCGCCCCCUCAUCACAACGUACCUGAUCAUGAUCUCACCGCCUUCAAACGUCUUUUGGCGCAAGUGUCGGGCGGACACGCCGUGGCGGCGGCACCAGAGCCCGCGCCGCGCCACGCCCCGCCGCAGCCGCAGCCCAUGAGUUUGUUGCAGAUGUUGAAUAAAAGUGUGGAGCAGCAACAGAAAGCGCAGCAACAGCAACAGCAGCAGCAGCAACAACAACAACAACAACAACAACAACAACAGCAGCAGCAACAGCAGCAGCCGCACAUACCUCAGGAGCUCCUAUACAAGCUCCUGCAAGUGCAGCAGCAGCAGCAGCAGCAGGCGCAAGGCGAAGUGAGCGGCCUGGCGGCGGCCGAGCGGGACCUGCUGCAGCGGCCCGAGGCGCAGGCCAUCGUGCGAGGGCUGAAAACUGGAGAAAUCACAGUACAGCAUUUAAUGCAGCAGCUGAAUAAUCCUGGCCUUCAGAGUCGCCACCGUGAAGUUCUUCUGACUAUCCUACGAUUACAUCAACACAAGAGACAGAUGGGCGAGUCCCCGCUACCCGGUGGAGUAGGAGUCGGAGGUGUACCAGGCGUGGGUGCUCAUCUGGUCGUGCCGCCGCACCACCAGCCGAUACGAUUGUCACCGCUGCCACAUCAAGGUGUGUCCUCCCGUGCCCCGUCCCCGCGUGAAAUAGCUGCGCACACGCAGUCCCUUAUGCAGAACGCGAUCAUUAAGAAGAAGCUAGAAGAGCAGCGGGAGAGCUUCCGCCGUCGGCAGGAGAUGCAGCCGCCCAAACAAUCGACACCUAUUUCUUUUACACCCACUUCUGUAUUACGUAAGAUGACCGCGGAGAAGGAAUCAGAUGCGCCCAGUCCGAAGCAGCAACAGUGGUCACAGCCGCUCAAGGUGCCGCAGGGCAGGCCCAUCGUUAAGGGAAACCAAAGUGGAACUGCACCAACGAUGGGCUACGCUACUCCUGCAGAGUAUCAACAACAUUAUAUAAAUCAGCAACAGCAAAUGCUCGGCGGAGUUCGUCCCUUUCCACAUCCACAGCAGAGACAACAAGUACCCAAUUCGUACAAUAAUAUGAAUAAUAUGGCUCGUGGCAUGGCUGGAAGCACAUCCCUGCACAAAUUGCUCAUCCAGUCGCAUCAAAGAACUCUUAAUGAGAUGGGCGGAGCAGGCGGCGGGUCGGGCGGUGGGGACAACCAGCUGGCGCGUUGGUUUUCGCCCGAGCUGCUUGCGCGAGCCUCGGCCGGCAAGCUGCCCUCCGUGCACGUGCCCAACGCGCUCUCGCUCGAGGACCUGGAGCGGCACCACCACCCCUCCGCGCCCGUCCACAACUGA